CGAAGAAAAAAUGAAGUUGCAGUUAACAGGGAUAAUCUGAAAGAGCAGCAACUAGAAAUGCAGAAGGAUAUUGAUGAACUUGGUAUCCUUAGCAGCAGACUCAAAGACCAGUGGAAACAGUUUAUCUGUGAAAGACAUAGCUUCCUUGAAUUUGUUGAGAAGUACAAGUCAUGCAAGAACUGCCGAGAAGUAACAAGGGACUUCGUACUCUCUAACUUCCAAAUUCCUGAUUUGCAGGUCAUGAAAUCCCUCCUCUUCCUCGAUUAGCUGAUGAAACCUUAAGCUGUCAUCAAGGUUAUAUAGGUGUUUCUGGUGUUACAAAUAUCAGGAGAUCUCCUGAAGCUGAUGCCGCAUAUCCAGAAUCUGCCAGGCGCAUAUCCUGGCUCCGCAAAUGCACUAAGAUUUUUAGCAUUUAACCGACCAAGGGAAAUGGAAGUAAAGAUGAUGGGCCUAGUAUGCUUACUGCUACAGAAGCAGGAGCUGCUAUUCAAGAAGAGGCAAGAGAGCCGUAUAUAGGGAUUCCAGGUGACUCCAUCCAUAACCAAUUGCCACAAUCUAAUGCGGUGAGAGAGGUGGGUGAUGAAUCUAUCCCAUCUGCUGAUCAGAGCUUUAGUGAGAGUAAGGUGCAAGAAAUUUCUGAAGAUUCUCUGCAGUCAGAGCAGAAGAGUGAUCACCGCAAUCACCACAAACCUAGAAGGAAACCUAAAUCUGGACUGGGUCGAACACACUCUGUGAAGGCUGUAGUUGAAGAAGCAAAACUAUUCCUUGGCAAAAACCCUGAAGGACCUGAGCCUAGUAAGAGGGUGCAGCCACACGAAACCAGCCAUGUCAGUGAAGAAAGUGCUGGUGUUUCUAGUCAUACUGCCAAGGGGGUAAGAGCAUGCAGUAAUGCAAGAAAGCAGCAACUCCCACAAAAUUCGAAAGUUAGUGAGUUGGAUGCUGCAGACAGUGAAGGACACUCUGGGAGUGUCACAACUGGUGGGAGAAGGAAGAGGCAACAACCAGUUGCUCCGGGCCUCCCAACCCCAGGAGAAAUCCGAUACAAUCUCAGGCGAUCCAGGGGUACAGCCACAGCCACAGCAGCGCAAGCCUCAUCUGAUGUCUCGAAGACUAGGAAGGAGCCUGAUGAUGGUGGGUUGGAUGGAGAAGGGGAUACUGGGAACAGAAGAAAUAGGAAGUAGCCUGAUGAUGGUGCAUUGGAGGGAGAAGUGGAUACUGGGAACAGAAGAUCUAAUUUAGCACAGGUCACGGCAUUGAAACAUGUGGAGAUUUUGGAAAGCAAGGCAGUUAAGAUCAAAACAAGUGUGGAUGUCGAUAACAACACAGCAGCAAAGUCAGUUGAGAAUGUGGAUUUGAUUGAGGAAGUAAAUGUUACAGCUGAAAAUGGCGAUGAAGAUGAGAGUGGGGGCAAAAUCAACAAGGAUGAUGAAGAGUAUGAGGAUGAUUAUGAGAUAGAACAUCCAGGUGACGUCUCAAUUGGAAAGAAAAUCUGGACAUUUUUCACUUCAUGAGGGCUAGUAUUUUGUCUUUGUUUUCUUCUUUCGAGACUGGAGAUGGAUUACUCAAUUGUAUGCUAGCCUUUGACACAAUAAGGUAACCAGAAUGUGCUUCAGCUUCUGAGCUUUGCAUUGUAUCUUUGUGUGUGACUUAUGUAGUAAUGUUUCCUGUCUGUAUUCCCCGAAGGAAAGCAAUGUGCAAGUGGUAACAACAAUUAAUUUCUAGUUCAUUUUGUACGCUAGAUUCUUUAAUUGAAAGUAAGUUAAACCUCAU